AUGUCAAGUCCAACUUCUUUCGCUUCCUCAGGGGGCCCCUCCAGCACGCUUAUGAGGGCCCCAUCUCCCGAGUCUGUUCCCCCACAGGAGGCCGGGGCCCCCCCAGAGGCCCCCAGAAAUGGUCUUUUGUGUAACCCCCGUGAAGAGGAUACCUCAAGAAGCCUCCCGAGCGCUCCCUUGCCGCGUCUCGUGGUGAGUCCUCUGUGGAGAGGCGAGCUAUUGAGGCCAUUUGGCCGUCUGCGGCAGCCCAAGGAAUUUCUCUUUCUCAAAAACGUAGCGCGAAGAAGGAAGACAGCCGCUGACAUGCAUCAGGGGGCCCUCUCUGGCCCUGUUGGGGCCACCCAUGGGGCCCCCUUGGGCAGUUCCAGUGGGGGAACAGCAGAGACAGACUCAAGCGGGGACUCAGGGAAUACCCAGGGCUCAUCUGGCGGGCAUCUGCCUCUCGGGAGGCAACGUGGGGCGUUUACAGCUGCUGCUGCUGCUGCUGGCGCAGCAGCAGUAGCAGCAACUGGGCACACAACUUUAGCUGAAGCGGCAGCUGCUGUGGGCCGCAGGCUGCUGCCUCGGGGAGUUGAAAGCGCCCCCCAAGAAGCCUCUCCAACAAUGCCCACCCAGAGAGUCAAUCAGCUGGAUGCACUCAGAGUUGAUAACGAAAUUGUUCUGCUGCUGCAGGACCUUCUGCUGCAGUGUACGCGGGCUGCCAUGCCACGACUGCAGCAGUGGCAGCAGGAGCUCAAACUGCUUCUUAACAUUUUUCUUUGGAGUGUGUCUACGGCGAGAGACAGGCCUACUCCGGGGGAUUUGCUUCAAAAUGUCAAGUACUAUGGCGGUGAACAGCUGCAGCAGCAGGAGCUGCAACGGCAGCAGCAGCGGCUGCAGGAGAUGCAGCAAGACCCUACAGCUGCUCCCGCUGCGGUGCAGCAACAGCAGCGCGUCCUGCUACAUAUGAUGAUGAAGCAGCAGCAUUCGCUGCUGCAACAGCAGCCCCUGCCCUGGGGACACAAAUUGGGGUUGCUGCUGCUGCACGUGCUGCUGCCAUAUCUGUACCAGCUAGUGCGGCAGCUGCUGCACCGCAAGAGGCAGCAGCAGCAAGCAGCAAUAGAGCAAAGGAUCCGGCGUUUCAACGUUGCUCAGGCACUCCGUCGGCAGCGCAUGCAGCAGCAACAGCUGCAGCAGAAGAAGCAGCAGCAGAAGCAGCAAGCCACAGAGCAGCAGCAAUGGGAAAUGCAACAGCAGCUGCAGCUGUCCAGGUUGCUGGAUGCUGCUGCUGGUGCGGCCGUGACUCGCCUGACGCCAGCGGAGCAGUCUUUGGAGUGUCUGUACAGGUGCUGCAUGGUAGUUGACUUGCUGCUGUCCUUUUUGCGUUUUUGCUUCUUUUUUUAUUUUCUUUACAAAGGCAGACACCGCAGCUUGGGGGACUGGCUGCUAGGGGUGGAGAUGCGGCACAUACAUCCUUCGCUGCGGCGUUCGCUUUCUUUCGAGCUGCUUCAGCAGCAGCUCUACUGGCUCAGUGUCUCUCACGUGCUGCUGCUGGUGGUACCCCACAUUGACCUCUUGCUGCUGCGGCGCACGCUUGGGCAGCACGUGUUGUCUCCAGCCCGCGCGGCCGCAGUGGCUUCUCUCCAGCAGCUUAAGCAGCUUCUUCGCAAGCAGCAGCAGCAGCUGCUGGAACAGCAGCAAGGCCCUGAAAUGCCCAACGCACAAGCUGCUACUGAUGCUGCUGAUUUGCCGCCUUUGGGCAUCGGCCAGUGGUGCUUGCUCCUGCUGCGGAGCACAAAACAGCAGUUGACCGCGGCUUUGCAGAACGUGGGGCUGCUGCCACAUCCCCUUGUAACGCAAGAGCAACAGCGACAAGAGCAGCAGGUGCAACAGGAAGAGAAGCAACAGAAAGAGGCAGUUGAACAAACACUUACGUCCCCUGAGCCAAGUAAUGAGGUUUUGAAGCCAACAUUGUCUCCAGUGUCCCCGUUUGGUCCAAUCGCGGAAGCAACAACAGCAGCAGAAUUACCGCCGUCGGCAGCACCCUCCCCGGUAUUACCGUCAACCCCAGUGUCUGUGAUCCCAGAGAAGCCGCCACAGCGGCAGCAAAAGCAGCAGUGUGUGUUCUGCAGCAAGGAACCGCUGCUUCCAUUCUGUAGUAACAAAUGCCCCCAUGUGUUUUGUUACUGGUGCGUUGCCUCUCAUCCGGAUUAUCGUCCCGGUUCCUGGGGGUACCUCGAAGGUGACGAAGAGCACCAGUUGCAUUGCCCGAAAUGUGGAAUGGUCAUCCGCCGCAUUCUUUGGCGCCUUUAA